AUGGAGACUGCGGGCAUCUGUGAAGACUACAAGAAAGCGUUUGAGAGGGUCGUUUCUUCGCGCGUUGGCACCUUGGAUCCGACGGGAGACUUCUAUCCGGUUCUGGAGGGUAACCCCGAGUUCCAGAUCGACCGAGAAGCAAUGGCCGAGACGAAAACUACUGUGUUUGAAGAGUACCAAACGUUUGUCGAUGACGCCCCCAUCAACCAGGUCGCUAUUAGCAGAGCCGCGGCUUGGGAGGUAGAAUGGUCUGAAUCUCAUCCCUCUCUAGAUGGACAACAGCGAUAUGAAAGCAGCGGAGAAGAAGCUGUGGAGUGA